AUGGACGACUACUCUAUCCAGAAAGAAAGUGCACGCAUCUUGCACGAUAAUCUUCUGUGUGACCAGCGGCUCGAGUUGCCACCUUCCUUCACCGAGAGCGCGGAGAAAAUUACUUUCAUUGGCGACCCGAAGCCAUUCAUCCCCACGCCUUGCAAGAUCACCGAAUCUGCCUCUUCCUUGACUGCUCUUCUAGCGGCGGCGGCCAGUGCUGUCGCCGCUGAUCGUUAUGGUAUUGGAUACCAGAAAAUCGAAGUCAACACGGAUCUUACAUCUAUCUUCUUGGAAUCUGUUCUUCUCCCAACGGUCAACGGCAAGUCGUUUCUUGAGCACCCGCAGAUCAUGUCUGAGGUGAAGAAGGGAGACUUGUAUGACCUGAACAUACCUAUCCACGUCGCGGCCACGAAUGUCUAUAAGACGAAAGAUGGCCGCUUUUAUCACCUUCACGGAUCCAUGAACCCUGUACCAACAAUGAGUAUGCUUGGCAUUGAAAAGCAAGAUGCCACUAGAGACGAGGCCAUUCAGAUCUAUGCAGAGAAAGUGGCUCAGUAUGACGCAAAAUUUCUCGAAGACAAAGCCAACGAUGAACUCCGACAAGCCGGGGUGACCUGCCUUACACCUGACGAGUUCUUCGCCUCCAAUCACGGCAAAAUCAUCAGCGCAGAGCCUUUGUGGAACAAGACAAGCCUGCCCGCGCCGCGCAGCGCCUGGCCAGCACCUGAUCUCGAGGGAUUUAAGCCUCUAGCAGGCAUUCGUGUCAUCGACUUCUCGCGAGUCAUUGCGGCCCCGGUCAUCUCUAAACUAUUGGCUGUCUUGGGUGCAGAAGUGAUCAAGGUAACGAACGAAAACCUUCCUGAUCUAUCCGCUCUCUGGGUCGACCUUAGCACCGGUAAGAAAGACACAAACAUCGACAUGAAGACUGCAGAAGGCAAAUCUACGUUUGCAAAACUCGUUGAGGGGGCAGAUGUGCUUAUCGACGGCUACCGACCAGGAGCAUUGGCACGGCUUGGUUUCGAUUCAGACAGCUUGCGCAAAAUCAACCCGACUCUCAUCUACACACGAGAAAACUGCUACGGCUUCAAAGGUCCUCUUUCUCACCGGUCCGGGUGGCAGCAAAUCAGCGAUUGUCUAGUAGGCAUCUCGUGGCUUCAAGGUCAGUUCAUGGGGUUAGACGAGCCAGUUGUUCCAUUGCUACCCAAUUCCGAUUACCAAGUUGGUCUGGUCGGCGCUAUCGCCAUUUUACAGGCCUUGUUAGAGCGCACUCAACAAAACGCAACGUACAACAUUGAUGUAAGCUUGACGCAGUAUAACAUCUGGUAUUACAGGCUCGGGCAGUACAACGAGCUGCAGUGCAAGGAGCUCUUGUCUCGUAACCAAGAUUUCCAUGUCAGGCAUUUUGAUGAGAUGCAAACGCUGCUUGUCAAAACCCAUGCAGCUAUCAAAAAGGUCCGGCCAGACAUUUUUGAACACCCAGAGUACUUUUGGAAGAUACCCGGCAAGGAAUGGGGGACUGAAGAUGACAUCUCUGUUCUAGCUCCGGCGUUCAAGCUCGAGAAGUCAUGUCUAGAAUAUCUGAUCCCGUCAGGAUCGCGGGGCCGGUCUAGACCGGAGUGGUAG